CAAGGCGAAAGACGGUGGCGGCUCCAUUCACGUGCGGGUGCAGGUCCUGCAGGUUAGCGGCCGACUUGUCAUCUCAAAUACCACAGCCACAUCGGGUGGUGCCAUUCAGUCUCCUUGGCUGGUGCAGAAGGGUGGAAGCAUCUCUGUCUCCAACAGUGCGGCAAAGCAAAUGAGAAUGAACCACCUGGUUCAAGCCCAUGCAGGAGCAUUUGCUUUGGCGGGUGGAAUGGCACAAGCAGAGCCUGGUGAGAUUGUCAUCAGACAUUCUUCUUCUGAAGGGGAUGGAGGUGCGGUGACGGCGCACAUGAUCUUGAGCCAUGGCAAGUUGAGCGUCUCUGAUUCCCUGGCAGCCCGAGAAGGUGGCGGUAUCAAAGUUAUAUCUUUCCUUCAAGAUGCUUAUGUGAUGGCCCAGACCAAAACAAGGCUGUUGAGAGACGUUGCGGGCCUGCAGAAUUUAGCAGUUCGAAAGUUCGGAGUACCGUUGAAGAAGAGCAUUGCAAGAGUCUCGAUGCUUCUUGGCAACACCACCUUCGAGAACUGCAGAGCACAGAUUGGCGGCGCAAUCAGUUCCGGAGGGACACUGAAGCUCGGACAGGUCAUGUUUUCAAAUUGCUCUGCAUCCAGCAUUCAAGGAGGAGCUGCUCUGAUUGCAAAGAGUGCGCACUUCAUGCAUUCGUUUGAAGCCAGAAAUUGCUCAACACCGAAAGGUUCAGUGUUGACUGCCAGUCGAGAGUUGUGGAUGAAGAACGCCACAUUCCAAAACUGUUCAUCACCCCAAGUGGCGGCUGCGCACAUCGUGACCCAGCGAGUUGUUGUUGAAGGCAGCGAGGCAGCUCUUCUAGGAGUGGCGAGGCAUGUUGAAGCGUUGGAGUGCGACAAUGGUUUCGAAGGAUAUGUGGAUGAGUAUGGCACGAACUGUCGUCGAUGUGCGAAUGGUUAUUUUCAGCUGCAAGGAGGACCAAAAAUUGUCAAUGGUACCAUUGAUGGCCAUCUUUGCGUGAAGGUACCGCAGCAAACCAGGGAGGCGACCGCAGAGAAGGUUCGCCUCAGGCGCGGCUACAUGGUGCAAGACUCCAACAUUUCGCUCAGCUUGCAUUGUCCCAACGAGAUGGCAUGUCCUGGUGGACGGAUCACGAGAAGUGGCUUCGGCACGAUGUGUGAGAUAGGCUAUCAAGGCCCUGGCUGUGUGAAUUGUGCUCAGACCCACGGACGUGGCUCUGGUGACCCUUUUACCUGCUCCAGAUGUGCGACGUCGACAGUUCGGAAAGUCGCGGAGUGGACGAUUUACAUCCUUGAGCAGACGCUGGUCUUUGCAAUCUCAGCAUCAGGUGUGAUUUUUGCGGGAGAGGAGAGCUAUGAAAGCACCAUCUACUCCAAUCAGCUGAUGUCCUACGUCAUGGUCUCUCUGCCCGUCCUGAGGCAGCUCCAGAACUCCAAGAGUUUCAAGACCUUGGCGUCCUAUGUGCAGGAGGUCAUUGAGGGUAUCUCCAUUCCUGUGGAUGUUGCCAAUGGCAUCGGUAGUGAGGGGCAGUCUGCAGAAUGUUUGCUUGAUUAUGUGGGGAUUUCCAAAACGCUCUAUGGUGGGGAUGCGAUCUUCCUGCUGCUGGCCCUGUCUUUGAUGUUUCUCUUGUCCGUGAUGGUAGAUCUCUGGUCUGCCAUUGUCGUGGCGGGAAAUUGCUAUCUUCCAAGACUUUGCUUUGCACUGGGCAGGCACUUGGCCUGCUAUCGCCUCCAUGCGGAAGCACACGGUGAACGGCUCCACUGUGGCUUUGAAAAGGAUGUUGGGAUGCCAAUGCCAGUGGCAAUCGUGCUCCUGGGGAUUACCUUCGUGGGAGGUGCUGGCUCUUGGCUUUGGCUCAUCCGUGGGGAAGAACACACGGCGAGUCCAGGAGUGGCGUACCUUACCCAGCCCUACAAGAAGAAGUGCCAGAGCUGGGAGGUGACGGUGCUGGUCAGGAAGGUCCUUCUGGCGGUGGUUUGUGCAGUCUAUCCCUCCUCGUUCAAUGCCGUCAUGCAGUUGCAGCUCAUUGGCACCAUCGUUUUGGUCUCACUGGUGAUUACUAUGCAGAAUUCUCCCUACGUCUCAGAGGAUCACAAUCGAACCGAAUCACGGUUGCUGAUCUUUGCCAUGCUGAUGGUCUUAUUCACAUUUUGCUUCCACGCAAACGAGCACAGCUGGACUCGAACGGAGGGGACGCAACGGAGCACGCUGGUCUUUAUCGUCUUGUUGGCCACAGGUCCUGCCGUGGUCAUGUCGGUGCGCAUUUUUGUGGCGCUGGUGAAAGAAUUCAAGGAACUUUACCAGGAAAAAAAUGUCUCCCAGAAGGCGGAAAGCGUGGAAACUGAUGGCGCCAUGGAAGGCGACAUUCAGGUGAUGAGCACCCUGAAAUCCGGAAGGGAGCCACCCAGUGAGCCCUUAAUGCUCUUCGGUGAGGAAUACUACUGUGAGGGGCUGGCGAAUGAUCCUGAGGUGGAAGAGUUCGCGGAAUUGGCCAGUGAAGGUCUGCCCAACUGCGUCGUGGCCACCCUGCUCCCAUGGAGCGUCGGACAUGCCCCGAAAGGAGUGCUGGCGCCGGAGCUGGAAUCCAGCGAUUUCCUUGUGCCUGAAGCCCACAUUGCCAAGGCUGUCUCGGGGGCGAACACUGUCCUCAUCCCUUGCACACUGGAGAUUGAAGAGGAGCAUGAACAAGCAAAAAGGAUCAUUCCCCAAUUUGCACGAUGUGACAACGUUGGACUCUCAGCCGUUUGUAUCAUCGGUGUCCUGCUGCUACCAAAGUUGACGCAGCUCAAUCGGGAAACCAAUCAGAUCGUGCUGCGGCGUCACAAUGAGCUGCUCGCCGCUGGCGUCGACGACGUCCUCUUUGAGCACGAAUGGGAUUUAGUGACCUUGAAGCGGGCGGUGAAUCUGAGCCGAGCCAUGUGGGAAAUGAACAUCCUGCGGACGCGACUGAUGCUGAAUGCUGAAAUCGACUACGACGUGGCCGAAGACGCUUCGCGAUGUCAGGAGGAGCAUUCUGAUCUGCUCUUUCAGCAAAUUCCGGACGCUUUGAUGCCGGAGUUUCGUUCAGUAGACCGUCACAUCAUUGAGACCGGCAAUUCGGUUGGAAACUUCCGGCUGAUCUCAAUGCUGUCAUGCAAGAAAGGAACAGUAUUGCAGGCUGUGGAUGAGGAUCAGCAAGCAGUUGCCAUUAAGGUCUUCAACAAAUCGCAGAUGGUUGACCCGGGGGUGCUCGAGUCCAUCUACCGUGAGUACCGCUUCAUGGGCGAAGUCGUCAGGCAUCCAAACAUCACCAAGUGCCUGGAAAUGCUGCACAGCAACUCCCGGCUCUUCCUGGUGAUGGAGUUUGCUGGGAGCCAGAACAUUGAGCACAUGCUGCGAGGUCGAACACAACAGCGAAUGAAUGAGUCCGAGGUGAACAAUUGUUUUGAACAGGUGGUGAGGGGAGUGGCCCAUCUCCACUCGAAGAACAUCGCACAUCGGAACAUUUGCCUCCAGCACCUCAUCCUCUCCACAUUGGCCGGGAGUGACAGGGAGCACGUGCGAAUUGUCGACUUCCAGAGUGCCAUGCUGGUGAAACCAAAUAUGACCUCCAGAACUGUCUGUGGUACCAUGCCCUAUAUGGCACCAGAGAUGGCAACUGGAGGCCCAUAUUGGCCACACAGUGCCGAUGCAUGGAGUUGCGGGGUGGCCCUCCUGGAGAUGGCAGGUGGUCUGGGUUCACUCCGAGCUGGGGUGAAGUUUGACCCCGAGGCAGCUGCAGAAUCUAUCGCCCCAACUUUGAUGCACUUCUUUGAAGAUCCUGUGAGCCACUCCGAAGCCCUGGCGGUGAUUGAUGGUGUCGACACCAUCACAGUCAUCGAGCAGCUUGAGCAGCUCUUAAUGCCGAGCUGGGCAGACAGGAUUGUGCUCAAGAAUUUGCUCCCGGAGAACCAGCCUGGAGCAGAGCAGGAACUGCUUCAACAUGAGCAGCAGCGGCUUCUGGAACAACAGCAACAGCAGCAGUUGCUUCAGAUGAUGCAAAUGGGCCAAGUGCCGCAGGGCCAAGCGCUGCCGGCACCGGGCCAGCUGGGCCAGAUGGGCCGGCCGAUACUUCAGCAGGCUCCACAGCCUCAGUGA